ACAUGUGAAUUGCGAGUGCCGUGGCCCUAACAUAAUUUCCAAUUUUCUUUCAUUUAAUUGAAAUCUUACUGAGCACAUUCAUACAAUGGUUAAAAAGAGGACAUUUGCAGUACAAACUCCUGUGCAGCAUACAACUCCAGUAGAAGUUAUCGCAGAAGACGUAACCAAUCACCCGCUAUGUUUACACGGUCCAACAUUACUGUUUUCCAGUGAGAAAGGCCGGUUCUAUGCGUGCGCCUCUUGUAGGAACAAGAAGGACUGUACCGUGCAAAUAGAUGAAGAAGACUGGAAGAAGGAAGGUGUGAGGCAGAGAAAUGAAAAGUACUACAAGCUUAUUCCGAAGUUUGAUAAGGCUGCGGCGUGGAAUCAUUUUAAAGAGGUGAAAACAAGACACCCCUCAGACAGGGCCUACUGCCACACAUGCCAGGAGCUCUUCAUCGCAUCCCAGAGCAGGAAACACCUCAAAGAUCACCGGAUAGUGUUACCACUGACAGAUGAGCAACUUGCGAACCCCACUACAUUCCUACAGCCUCUACAGAAUGACCAGCAUGAAGCCCAGUACAUGUUCACCAAGAAAUCUGUCAGCACUGUGCUUGGAAUACUGAGGAAUAAUAAAAUAAGUAAUAUCUUAUGCAUUGGAACACCAUCUGUCCACGAAGCGGCGCAAGGGCAUCCAGACUUUGACUCCUUACUCCUGGACUAUGACACUCGUUACCACAUGUUCUAUCCCAGUAACAAGUUCCUGUGGUACAACAUGUUCAACAACUUCCUGUUCAACCAAAACGAGGAUGAGAAAGUGUUGAAGAAGUUCCUUAAAGGGUCCAAAAACAAAGGCCUCGCUAUAGUGAUGGACCCGCCUUUCGGCGGCCGCGUGGAGCCGUUGAUACAAACCAUCAAAGAACUGUCCAAUUUGUACAGCAAAGUAUGUGGGACUGAAGACAAGAUACUGCCUGUCAUUUGGGCCUUCCCAUACUUUGCGGAGCCCUAUAUCACAAACAUGAUGCCGGAGAUCAAGAUGCAUGAUUAUCAAGUAGAAUAUCAAAACCACAAGAAAUUCCAAAACAAAAAGGGUGGACGCAAAUUCGGUUCCCCAGUACGGUUCUUCACGAAUCUACCAUUUGCCACCAUUGACUUGUCAAAUGACAGUAGCUAUAAGCUUUGCGACAAGUGCAAAUAUUGGGUAUCCGUGUCAAAUAUGCAUUGCAACAAGUGUAGAGAAUGUACUAGUAAGAACGGAAUGACAUACAAACAUUGCAAUAUUUGUAAGCGAUGUGUGAAACCAACGUUUGUGCAUUGUGCAGAGUGUGGCAGAUGUGGUCAUGAGAAACAUGUUUGUGGCACUGUUGUUGAGUCACAAUCAUGUUACAACUGCAAUGAAAAAGGUCACAAGAAGGCAGAAUGUCCACAGAAAGAUGGCGCGAACGUAAAGAAAAAACGCAAGUCAAUAAAGUAAACGUUUCUGUAAUCAAUUAUAAUAUUAAAAAUU